AUUCAAUUAAUAUCUGUCGUUACCAGUAGAGAACCUUGUGAGAUGCCUAACCUCACUGAUUCACACGAAUGGUUCUUGCUUCGAGAGUUAGCAGAAUGGCUGAGCCAAAGGAAAGCACAAUACCAUGCGCUACCUAUCAAUGAACACAGAGAAAUUCAUUUUGACGCUGAACUCCUCGAGUUCGAGCUUCGUCAUACAUUCUUCACGAUUCAGAAGUUUCCCCAGAGCUUGAGUCUGGAGAAGUUCAUAUCCUGCCAAGGACUUUUAAAACAACUUUGUUCGUUGUUAAACCGCCUUGCAGCGCGUCGAAGAGCCCACGAUGGCUCCCAAAGCCAAGACUAUCCCCAUUUAGAAGCAUUGAUAGGGCUCCUAAAUCCGACAUGUGAAACAAUAGACCUGGUGAAUGGUCUUAAACAAAGACUUUUUGAGGUUCCCGGUGAUACUAUUGAUCUUCGUGAUUACCUGACCGCCGUCACAAAAUGCAAUGAUGAUCUCAACCGGUUACUUCCACCUCCCCCCCUGGAAUCAGUCAUACAGCCAUCACGAAAGGAACGGAAGAAAACGCCAUGGAAGAAGGGUAAAACACGGGACCAGGCCUUAUGCGUCCUUGAAACUUUGUUCAAGCACUUCAAGUGUGGAAUACCACAUGAAGUAUUACUUAAGCUCAUUGAGAAUACAAAUGAAGAUUUGGUGGUAUCGAAUUUACAGUUGAUGCUUCCAUCAUGUCCGGAGUUAAAGUCGUGGCAAGAGGUGCAAUACGCCAAUGCUAAUCUAGACGACGCUUCAAUUUCACUUAUCCAUAAUAUUUGUACAGACGUUCAACAAUAUAAAGGAAUGGCAUUAAUGCUACAUAUUAAGGGGCAUAAACUAUACAGUGCUAGGGCGAAUCCUGGUUCCUCCAGAGCAGGCCCAUCUUCGAAAGAGUCUCUUGACCAACUUAUCAAGAAUGGUGCAUUUAAGAGUAUUAAUGCCGGGGACUUCAACACCACACGAUCAUCAUUAAGAUUCAGCAUUAGAGACAAGCGAAAACUUGCCGUAAAAUUCGGAUACUACCUAAUGGAUUUCUUCGAUGCCGACUUCGCUUCGAAUAGGAUUCAUUUCUUUGACUCUUCAAAACCAAGCCGCAUGGAAAUUCCAUACCUAGCAUUCAGUUCAAAAUUUCCGAUCACAGGUCACUCAUACAGCUUCAAACUAGGACAUCCUACAUUUUUAUCUUUUGCAAAGUUGUUGAUAGAACUAGAACUAGGCGGAAUUAUCGAGCUAGAGGUCAGUCCGGAUAGUGAAAAGAAUUUUUGGGCCUGGGCUGAGCUUAUGAGAUUUAUGGAUGAUCUCGAAAAAGAGAGAAAGGACUCGUAUCGAGAAGCUAUUACGAAUUGCCUGCUGUUUCAUAAAAUGAUAGACGCAAGCGAUUUCGACGACAAAGAUGCAGACUCGAACAUACGACGACUCAUUUAUGAACAGAUUGUUUACAAGCUCGAACUUGGACUCGAUGAAUCUAGUCCUAGAUCACCUCAUAAGCGGCAACGGUCGGAGUCUCCUCCUGCGUCUGAUCUCCAGGGUACGGCCCAAACCGCGCACUCUUGGAAUAUGACAAUAUUGUCAAUGGCGCCUCAGCCCGCGUCACAUAGAAACAAGAGACAUCGUGGCUCCGAGCUCCUACAGCAGCAAUCUCAAACCAGUUUUGAAUCACCUCCUGACGGCUUCGAGAUCGCCUUGCUCUGUGCAUUACAGAUAGAAUCCGAUGCCGUUGAAGCUCUCUUUGAUGAAUAUUAUGAAGACAACUUCUCGUAUGAAAAAGCAGCGGGAGAUCCAAAUGCCUAUACCAUUGGAAAAAUGGCCGGACACAAUGUGGUGUUGGCGUUUAUGUCGGGUAUGGGCAAAGUGAAUUCGGCGAACGCAGCGGCUGGUGUUUGCGCGAGCUUUCCCAACAUAAAACUUGGCAUAGUUGUGGGUGUCUGUGGAGGUGUGCCAGAUGGAGCAGGUUGCGAAAAGGAAGUGCUGCUUGGUGAUGUUAUCAUCAGCAACGCAGUUAUACAAUAUGACUUUGGUCGACAAAAUGAUAACCGAUCUGUAAGAAGAGAUACGCUACAGCACAACCUUGGACGACCAAAUCCAGAAAUCCGCGCGUUUCUAAAAAAGCUUGACGGAUUAAGAGGUAGACGAAUGUUGAAAGAAAAGACAUCUUCUUACCUGGAGGAUCUCUGUGCGAGAGAUGAUUUUAAAGAAUCUUCAUAUCCAGGUGCAGAAAACGAUAUACUUCAUCACCCCACCUACCGCCAUAAACACCGCAACCCAGAUGUUUGCAGUGUCUGUGCCAGCUGUGAGGGACUAUAUGACGAUGUUUGUGACGAAGCGCUAGAGUCUUCAUGUGCAGAUCUGGGUUGUCAAGACAGUAUGGCAAUAUCUCGUGCCCGUGUUGAGAAGGCAAAGGGUGCGACUACUAGUAGAGGUACACCUACAGAUGAGGAGCUUCGAGAGGCACAGAAGCCCUUCAUCCACUUCGGCACGGUUGUAUCUGGAGAUUUAGUCAUGAAAUCUGGACACCAUCGUGAUGAAAUCGCAAAGCGCGAGGGAGCAAUCGCAUUCGAAAUGGAAGGUGCUGGCGUAUGGGAUAGUUUCCCCACCGUUGUCAUAAAGAGUGUGUGUGACUAUGCGGAUAGCCAUAAGAAUAAGAUGUGGCAGAAAUAUGCUGCUGCGUCUGCGGCUGCUUGUACGAAAGCGUUUCUCGGGGAGUGGAGAAAGACUUGUUGAUGAAGCUUAUGUGGAAGGGAUGUUUGGUUAUGUACUAUGAUGGCAACAUCUAGCGGAAUUUGCAUGCAAUUUUAUUUCAUCUACCUACAGAGUGAAAAGUUGCUAUUAGGGUAAGUGACUCCAGAAACGCAUUAAACUGCCACUUCUGUCAAGACAGCACUUGCAUCUUAUAAUAGAGUGUAGGCUCGGUAUCUAAGUAGUCCGAGACAGACUUCCGAUAGAUAUAUCUUUCUUUUCUGAAGGGAGUAAUUGCUCAGCAACCCGGCAGCCCUACUCUUGAUAUCUCUAUUUGUCUAUUGCAUGUAUACUUGCUUUGAG